ACUUCACUGAGCGGCGCGGCUGACUCCUGCCGGACCCUCGUCAGCAUCGUUUGCCUUCCACCUGUCUCCACUCAGACACACAGACUGCGCUCAGCAUCACACCAUAUCUCAGCGGACCGAACGUGAGGACGCAACCAUCCCCGCUUUGUCCUCACCAAACUUCAGCGGCUCUCACCAGAGGAAGACGCUGCGGUGGUGACUCGGUCUAUCAGCCCCACUUGCUUGUCAUGGAAGAUUUGAAGAGCGAAUCUUUUGGACUGUCCUUCUAGUCUUACUCAGUGGCCGAACGACAGUGAAGCGGUCCUCCUGAGAAUUUCAAAGACCAUCCUAUUUCCAUUGCUUGACUCUUAUCUACCAGCAGUUUUCACCACAGCGCGCGCACUCAACUCUCCCUCACUGUUUGAGAAUUUUCAACCUUCCACGCGUACAAUCUGCGUGGGAUCAUCGCUCCAGCGAUUCCGAGACAGCGGCUGAUCCUCAGAAAGGUUCCUGCAUCAGUCUGCCCAGAGGAUGGAUAUCUACACGUGGGGAAGAACUGCAUCUGCACUGGACUCUUAAACUACAUCUUUAGCUACGAGCCCUCCUCUGGCAAGUGAGAGACCUAGAAGAGUGGAACUGCAAAGACAGAAAGAGAGGAUGCUCAGAGACCUCACAGGAUAAACAUCCCAUCUGUGGACACUCAAACAUGUUUGCACAGACACACUGCACAUCCAUGGAUUAGUCUGUUUGCUGGAGAAGAGACCAUAAUUGGCCAGAUGAUAUCGCCGCCACUUCUCACUUCCUGUUUCUCAGCCGGAGUCGGAGCGCAUUUGAAGGAGAAUUGUUUCGCAGUUCGACUCUUUCAUUAAGAAACAACGAAGCAUUCUCAGAAGUUGGAGCAUCGUUUGGCGAAGUUUUACCACCGUCUCAGGACAAUAGGAUGCUAAGCGGUGCUUCAGCAGGUAGACGAGGCUAAAGCAGUGCCAGCAUCGGGGGAGGAGCCAGCGUAAAAGGAAUCGUGCUCGGCAGUUGGCCGAGGGUCGGGGCGGCGGGGCCGGAGCGGAUUAGCGGCUAGCGCGCGGCGGCAGGCCAGCACAGCAUGCGCCCGGGAUGGAUGUGAAGGAACGCCGGCCGUACUGCUCGCUCACCAAGGGACGGCGCGAGAAGGAGCGGCGCUACACGGGCUCGUCGGGCGACACGGACGACUGCCGCGUGCCCACCCAGAAGUCCUACAGCUCCAGCGAGACCCUCAAGGCCUUUGACCAGGACCCGUCGGCACGCCUGCUCUACGGCGGCCGCGUCAAAGAGAUGGUGCACCGUGAGGCUGACGAGUACACACGCCAAGUGCGCAUUAAAAUAUACCCGACUAAUGGGCAAAACUUUAACCUGCGGCAGCUGGGCAUCUGCGAGCCUGCCACCCGCCGUGGCCUGGCCUUCUGCGCCGAGAUGGGCCUGCCGCACCGCGGCUACUCGGUGGGUGCCGGCUCCGACGUGGACACGGAGAACGAGGGCGUGAUGUCGCCGGAGCGUGCCAUGCGCCUCUGGGGCCGCGGCGUGAAGUCGGGCGGUCGCGGCUCGUGCCUGUCCAGCCGCUCCAACUCGGCGCUCACGCUCACCGACACGGAGCACGAGAACAAGUCAGACAGCGAGAACGGUUCUCCCAUGCCAUCCUCUCUAUCAAGUCCAUCAGUCACUGAGCAUUCACAUUCUCAACCACCAUCACCCAAUCUCCAUGACAACCAGAGUCCGCUGCUAAGUAAUGUCACCACGGAGACUGUGCAUGACUCGGACUCUGAGGAGGAAUUCACAGCCACCCUGUACUUACCAGUAGCACAGCCGGCACAAGGUUCCGCAUGUAAUGAGCAACUGUCCAGUCAUCACCAUCAGGGCCAGUCCACGCUGCCACCGGCCCCGCCCCCGCACAAGCAGCAGCCGUCCGUGACCGCGCUCAACCACAACUCCCUGAGUAACCGUAGAAACGUGAGCCCGGCACCGCCGGCCGCACUGCCCGCCGAGCUGCAAACCACGCCUGAAUCCGUGCCGCUGCAGGACAGCUGGGUCCUGGGCAGCAAUGUGCCGCUGGAGAGCAGGCACUUCCUCUUCAAGACAGGCACCGGCACCACCCCACUCUUCAGCACAGCCACGCCCGGCUACACCAUGGCGACGGGGGCGGUCUACUCGCCGCCCACCCGACCGUUGCCGAGGAACACGCUGUCACGGAGCGCCUUCAAGUUCAAGAAGUCGUCCAAGUACUGCUCGUGGAGGUGCACCGCCCUGAGCGCUGUGGCCAUCUCUGUGCUCCUGUCCGUCCUGCUCUGCUACUGCAUAGCCAUGCAUCUGUUUGGACUGAACUGGCAGUUGCAGGAGACAGAGGGCUACGCCUUUGAGAACGGCCAGGUGAAGUCGGACACCACGCCCACCAACUCCGUCACUGCGCUGUCUGCUGACAGUGGUAAAAUGGGUGUGUUGAUACCGGAGAAUAACACCAUAGACACAGGGGAGGUGGAUGUGGGCCGCAGGGCAGUCCAAGAUGUUCCUCCUGGAAUGUUCUGGCGUUCCCAGAUCUUCAUCGACCAGCCCCAGUAUCUCAAGUUCAACAUCUCGGUGCAGCGCGACGCCCUGGUCGGGGUCUACGGCCGGAAAGGCCUACCCCCGUCUCACACACAGUAUGACUUUGUUGAGUUGCUGGAUGGCAGUCUGCUCAUCUCCAAGGAGAAGCGCAGUCUGAUGGAGAUAGAGGCGGUGCGUCGGGCGCGCUCGGUGAACUUACACGAGGCCGGCUUCAUCCGCUUCCUGGACUCGGGCACCUGGCACAUGGCUGUCUACAAUGACGGCAAGAAUGCCGAGCAGGUCUCCUACAACACCAUCGUCAUAGAUUCAGUCACUGAGUGCCCUCACAAUUGCCAUGGAAACGGAGACUGUCGAUCUGGAACAUGCCAUUGUUUUCCAGGUUUCCUAGGACCUGAUUGCUCAAGAGCAUCCUGCCCUGUGUUGUGCAGUGGCAAUGGCCAGUACUCUAGGGGGCGCUGUCUGUGCUACAGCGGCUGGAAGGGCACAGAGUGUGACGUGCCCAGCAACCAGUGCAUCGACGUCCACUGCGGCGGCCACGGCAUCUGUAUCAUGGGCACCUGUGCCUGCAACACCGGCUACAAGGGAGACAACUGCGGGGACGUUGACUGCCUGGAUCCAACCUGUUCGGGUCACGGCACGUGUAUCCACGGGGAGUGCCACUGUAACCCAGGCUGGGGCGGCACCAGCUGCGAGAUCCUGAAGACCAUGUGCCCGGACCAGUGCUCGGGCCACGGCACCUACCAGGCCGAGAGUGCCACCUGCGCCUGCCACACCGACUGGAGUGGGCCCGACUGCUCCGUCGAGGUGUGUCCGAUGGACUGCGGCCCCCACGGCAUGUGUGUGGGGGGCAGCUGCCGCUGUGAGGAGGCCUGGACUGGGCCGGUGUGUGACGUGAAGGCCUGUCACCCGCGCUGCAUGGAAAACGGAGUGUGUAAAGAUGGCAAGUGUGAGUGCAACCAGGGCUGGUCUGGAGAGCACUGCACGCUCGCUCACUCUUUGGAUCCUUCAGUGCGAGGAGAGAGUCUAGGAGGAUAUAAAGAGGGCUGUCCCGGUCUGUGCAACAACAACGGCCGCUGCACUCUGGACAUGAACAUGUGGUUCUGCGUCUGCCAGCCCGGCUGGAGGGGCGCCGGCUGCGACGUCGCCAUGGAGACCCUCUGCACAGACAACAAGGACAACGAAGGAGAUGGUCUGGCUGACUGCAUGGACCCUGACUGCUGUCUGCAGCCCUCGUGUCAGAACCAGCCGUACUGCCGAGGUUCGCCCAACCCCAGCAACGUCAUCAGCAUGAGCCAAUCAGCUCCGAUACAGCAGGCCGCCCAGUCUUUCUACCAGCGAAUCAGCUUCCUCGUAGGCACUGAGAGCACCCACAUCAUCAUGGGAGAGAACCCCUUCAACAAGAGCCUCGCGUCCAUCAUCAGAGGACAGGUGUUGACAGCGGAUGGAACUCCCCUCAUCGGAGUCAAUGUCUCCUUUGUCGACUACCCAGAUCACGGCUACACCAUCACACGACAGGAUGGCAUGUUUGACAUCCUGGCUAACGGUGGAGCGUCUCUGACCCUGAGCUUCGAGCGGGCGCCGUUCCUGACACAGUACCGGACAGUGUGGAUCCCGUGGAACGUGUUCUAUGUGAUGGACACGCUGGUCCUGAAGAAGGAGGAGAACGACAUUCCCAGCUGUGACCUCAGCGGCUUCGUCCGGCCCAGCCCCCUCAUCGUGGCCACACCCCUCUCCACCUUUUACAGGGCCUCUCUUCAGGACGGUCCUAUCAUCCCAGAGACGCAGGUGCUGCAGGAGGAGACGGCCAUCCCGGGCAGUGACCUGAACCUGAUGUACCUGAGCUCGCGGGCGGGCGGCUACAAGCCCGUGCUGAAGGUGACCAUGACCCAGGCCACCGUGCCCUUCAACCUGAUGAAGGUGCACCUGAUGGUGGCCGUGGUGGGGCGCCUCUUCCAGAAGUGGUUCCCGGCACAGCCCAACCUGUCCUUCACCUUCAUCUGGGACAAGACAGACGCCUACAACCAGAAAGUCUACGGCAUGUCCGAGGCCGUGGUGUCGGUGGGCUUUGAGUACGAGUCGUGUCUGGACCUGAUCCUUUGGGAGAAGAGGACGGCCAUGCUGCAGGGCUACGAGCUGGACGCGUCCAACAUGGGCGGCUGGACGCUGGACAAACACCACGUGCUGGACGUGCAGAACGGCAUCCUGUAUAAGGGGAACGGCGAGAACAUCUUCAUCUCCCAGCAGCCCCCUGUGAUCAGCACCAUCAUGGGCAAUGGCCGGCGGCGGAGCAUCUCCUGCCCCAGCUGCAACGGCCAGGCGGACGGCAACAAGCUGCUGGCACCCGUGGCCCUGGCGUGCGGCGCGGACGGCAGCGUGUUUGUGGGCGACUUCAACUACAUCCGCCGCAUCUUCCCCUCAGGCAACGUCACCAGCGUCAUGGAGCUCAGAAAUAAAGAUUUCAGACAUAGCAACAACCCAGCGCACAGGUACUACCUGGCAACGGACCCGGUAACAGGGCAGCUGUACGUGUCGGACACCAAUUCUCGGCGGAUCUACCGGCCCAAGGUGCUGACGGGCACCAAGGAGCUGCUACAGAAUGGAGAGGUGGUGGCGGGCACGGGAGAACAGUGUCUGCCCUUCGACGAAGCCCGCUGUGGGGAUGGGGGCAAAGCCACGGAGGCACUCCUCCUGGGGCCCAAAGGAAUCGUGGUGGAUAAGAAUGGCUACAUCUACUUUGUCGACGGCACCAUGAUCAGGAAGAUCGACCGCAACGGCAUCAUCUCAACCCUGUUGGGCUCCAACGACCUGACCUCAGCGCGCCCCCUCACCUGCGACACCAGCAUGCACAUCGGACAGGUGCGUCUGGAGUGGCCCACGGACCUGGCCAUCAACCCCAUGGACAACUCCAUCUACGUGCUAGACAACAACGUGGUGCUGCAGAUCACCGAGAACCGGCAGGUGCGCAUUGUGGCCGGGCGGCCCAUGCAUUGCCAAGUGCCGGGCAUCGAGUACACCAUGGGCAAGCGUGCCGUGCAGACCACGCUGGAGGGCGCCACGGCCGUCGCGCUCUCCUACAGCGGCGUGCUCUACAUCUCUGAGACAGACGAGAAGAAGAUCCACCGCAUUCGCCAGGUGUCCACCGACGGUGAGAUAUCCCCGCUGGCCGGCGCGCUGUCGGACUGCGACUGCAAGAACGAUGCCAACUGCGACUGCUACCAGACAGGCGAGGGCUACGCCAAGGACGCGCGGCUCAACUCGCCAUCCUCUCUAGUGGUGUCGCCGGACGGAACACUCUUCGUAGCCGACCUGGGGAACAUCCGCAUCAGGGCCAUCCGGCGCAACCGGCCACCUAUGGGCUCGUCAGGCCUCUACGAGGUGGCGUCGCCGGCCGAGCAGGAGUUGUACGUGUUCGACGCCAACGGCACGCACCAGUACACCAUGAGCCUGGUCACCGGCGACUACAAAUACAACUUCACCUACAGCAACGAGGAUGACAUCACCGCCAUCACCGACAGCAAUGGCAACACGCUGCGCGUUCGUCGCGACCCCAAUGGCAUGCCCGUGCGGGUGGUUGCCCCCGACAACCAGGUCAUCUGGCUGUCCAUUGGCACCAACGGUGGCCUGAAGACGCUCACAGCACAGGGGCAGGAGCUCGUGCUCUUCACCUACCAUGGCAACAGCGGUCUCCUGGCAACAAAGAGCAUUCAGAUUGGCUGGACCACCUUCUACGACUACGACAGCGAGGGACGCCUGACCAAUGUCACCUUCCCCACUGGCGUCAUCACCAGUCUCCAUGGCGACAUGAAGCCUGCGCUGACGGUGGACAUCGAGACGUCUGGCCGUGAGGAUGACGUCAGCAUCACCACCAACCUCUCCUCCAUAGACUCUUUCUAUACACUGGUGCAAGACCAACUGAGGAACAGUUACCAGGUGGGCUAUGAUAACUCCCUGCGUGUCAUCUACGCUAAUGGGAUGGACACACACUACCAGACGGAGCCACAUAUCCUGGCGGGGGCCGCCAACCCUACGGUGGCCCGGAGGAACAUGACCCUUCCCGGGGAGAGCGGGCAGAACCUGGUGGAAUGGCGAUUCCGUAAAGAGCAGACGCGAGGGAAGGUCAUCGUGUUCGGACGAAAGCUGAGGGUCAAUGGGAGGAACCUGCUAUCGGUGGACUACGACCGAACGCUGCGGACGGAGAAGAUCUACGAUGACCACCGCAAGUUCCUGCUGAAGAUCGUCUACGACUCGUCAGGCCACCCCACACUGUGGGUGCCCAGCAGCAAGCUGAUGUCCGUCAACAUCACCUACUCCAGCACGGGCCAGGUCACCUGCAUCCAGCGCGGCCCGACCUCUGAACGCGUGGAGUACGACAGCCAAGGACGCAUCGUCACCCGCACCUUUGCCGACGGCAAGACCUGGAGCUACACCUACCUGGAUAAGUCCAUGGUCCUCCUGCUGCACAGCCAGCGGCAGUACAUCUUCGACUACGACACGCAGGACCGCCUGUCAGCCAUCACCAUGCCCAGUGUGGCGCGGCACACCAUGCAGACCAUCCGCUCCGUGGGCUACUACCGCAACAUCUACAACCCGCCCGAGAGCAACGCCUCGGUGACGGUGGACUACAGCGAGGACGGGCAGCUGUUGCGCGUGGCCCACCUGGGCACGGGCCGCCGCGUGCUCUACAAGUACCGCCGGCAGAACAAGCUGUCGGAGAUCCUGUACGACAGCACGCGCGUCAGCUUUACCUACGACGAGACGGCCGGCGUGCUGAAGACGGUCAACCUCCAGAGCGAGGGCUUCAUCUGCUCCAUCCGCUACCGGCAGGUUGGCCCGCUGGUGGACCGGCAGAUCUUCCGCUUCAGCGAGGACGGCAUGGUGAACGCCCGCUUCGACUACACCUACGACAACAGCUUCCGGGUCACCAGCAUGCAGGGGGUCAUCAACGAGACGCCACUGCCCAUCGACCUGUACCAGUUCGACGACAUCUCGGGGAAAGUGGAGCAGUUCGGCAAGUUCGGGGUCAUCUACUACGACAUCAACCAGAUCAUCUCCACGGCGGUGAUGACCUACACCAAACAUUUUGAUGCACAUGGGCGCAUCAAGGAGAUCCAGUACGAGAUCUUCCGCUCGCUCCUGUACUGGAUCACCAUCCAGUACGACAACGUGGGCCGCGUCACCAAACGCGAGAUCAAGAUUGGACCCUUCGCCAACACCACCAAGUACGGCUACGAGUACGACGUGGACGGACAACUAACGACCGUCUACCUCAACGAGAAGAUCAUGUGGCGCUACAACUACGACCUCAACGGCAACCUGCACCUGCUCAACCCCGGCAGCAGCGCCCGCCUCACCCCACUGCGCUACGACCUGCGCGACCGCAUCACACGCCUGGGCGACAUUCAGUACCGCCUGGACGAGGACGGCUUCCUGCGUCAGCGUGGCACCGAGAUCUUCGAGUACAACUCCAAGGGCCUGCUGGUGCGUGUGCACAGCAAGGGCGGCGGCUGGACCAUCCAGUACCGCUACGACGGGUUGGGCCGGCGGUUGGCUUCACGCAACAGCCUCGGCCAGCAUCUGCAGUUCUUCUACGCCGAUCUCAACUACCCCACUCGUAUCACCCACGUCUACAACCACUCCAGCUCGGAGAUCACCUCCCUCUACUAUGACCUGCAGGGCCACCUGUUCGCCAUGGAGAUCAGCAGUGGCGAGGAGUUCUACAUCGCCUGCGACAACACCGGAACUCCUCUGGCAGUCUUCAGCAGCAACGGGCGCCUGCUCAAGCAGGUGCACUACACGGCCUUCGGCGAGAUCUACUUCGAUUCCAACCCGGCCUUCCAGCUGGUCAUCGGCUUCCAUGGCGGCCUCUACGACCCCCUGACCCGGCUGCUGCACUUCGGCGAGCGGGACUACGACAUCCCGGCCGGACGCUGGACCACCCCAGACAUCGCCACCUGGAAGCGAGUGGGCAAGGAUCCCGCCCCUUUUAAUCAGUACAUGUUCCGCAACAACAACCCCGUCAGCAAGGUGCACGAGGUCAAGGAGUACGUCACAGAUAUCAACAUCUGGCUGGUGACGUUUGGGUUCCACCUUCACAAUGCCAUCCCAGGAUUCCCCAUCCCAAAGUUCGACCUGACGCAGCCCUCGCUGGAGAUGAGGAAGAGUCAGCUGUGGGAUGACCUACCGUCCAUCUCUGGGGUGCAGCAGGCUGUGACACAUCAGGCCAAGGCGUUCUUGUCGUUUGAGCGCAUGCCCGAGAUCCAGCUGAGCCGGUGGAAGACCGGCACUGAGAGGCCGUGGCUGUGGUUCGCCACCGUCAAGUCGCUCAUCGGCAAGGGCGUGAUGAUGGCCAUCAGCCAGGGCCGCGUGAUCACCAGCGCGCUCAACAUCGCCAACGAGGACUGCAUCAAGGUGGCGACAGUGCUCAACCAUGCCUACUACCUGGAGGACCUGCACUUCACGGUGGAGGGCCGUGACACGCACUACUUCAUCAAAACCACGCUGCCCGAGAACGACCUGGGCGCCUUGCGGCUCACCAGCGGCCGCAAGGCGCUGGACAACGGCGUCAACGUGACGGUGUCGCAGUCCACCACGGUUGUGAACGGGCGCUCGCGGCGCUUCGCCGACGUGGAGCUGCAGCACGGCGCCCUGGCGCUGCACGUGCGCUACGGCAUGACGCUGGACGAGGAGAAGGCACGCGUGCUGGAGCAGGCGCGCCAGCGGGCGCUCUCCAGCGCAUGGGCGCGCGAGCAGCAGCGGGUGCGCGAGGGCGAGGAGGGCGCGCGGCUCUGGACGGAGGGCGAGAAGCGGCAGCUGCUGAGCAACGGCAAGGUGCAGGGCUACGACGGUUACUAUGUGCUGUCGGUGGAGCAGUACCCCGAGCUGGCCGACAGUGCCAACAACAUCCAGUUCCUGCGGCAGAGCGAGAUCGGGAAGAGGUAACACGACUGCACAGCCCAGCACCACUCCAUGCCAGAUGGCACGCCGGACUCCCUCGCCCUUCCCCCCAUUGCCUCUCACACGUCCACCCGCCAAAGAGACUGUAGAGCUCUCCCUCCCCAAGUCUGUGUCCUGUAAACAAAUAUGUUUAAAUACACACACACAUGCAAUGACAUCCAAAUACACACAUAUACAUACAGAUACAUAUACAGAUAUAUAUGGAGCCUCCCUGUUUCUGAAGACUAUAGGAGGCUUCAGGCUAGAGCCUCACGUAGAGUUGUCUCAGUUUAACGCAGUUACCGUGUAGAAAAUGACUCAAUUUUAAAGCAGUAAAAUGACCACUACAUGGUCUGGAUUAGAAUGGUCCAGACCCAUGGUGACAGUUCAUGUUUGGCCCACUUCACUACGUUGAAGUAACUCUGGACUUCUCCUCAGAAGAACAAGUCAAGACUCACUUUGUAAAAGUUGCAAAACAAAAAAAAACUCUUGUCUUUCUUUCUUCUUUUCUUUCUUUUUUUUACUAUCAACCUGAGAGGUGACCUUCUACAAACACGAAAAAAAGGAGGAGAAAAAACAAACAACGGAAGACUUGAAGUGUUUACAUACAGUAACACAUACCACUGCGCUUCUCUGGAGUGAGACCCUCUGUGCGUCCUGAUUGGCUGACCUAAUAGGAAGAGAGUUUAGAAGGGAAAAAAAGCGAAUCACUUGAUUGGUCGGGUCAGCUCUGGGGUGUACAGCUGUGAGCUACAGAAGUGAAAGCGUGUGGUUCUCUGUGGGAAGGACACUCCUGAGAGUGACGUUCACACUCCCACGACUGCGCCAGGGACCCGUGCUCCGACCCAGCGUGCUUAGGGCCACAUCCAUGUGCGGCCAGACCAGGAGACGCGGGAGAGGCGGAAAGUUAAAUAAAAUAAAUGUGCGACACAUGAAAGAAUAAAAUAAUCAUAUCCAACCAAGCUUUUAACUGAAACAUGAGAAUAAUCUUUAUGGAUUUUUUUUAAAGAUGAAAGAAAGUAAAUCCACUUAUCCGUAUUUCAAUAUUAGUCUCAGAGAAAGUAAUUUAUGUACAGUGUUUCUACUUAAAAAAAAAUAAAAUCUUAAAAAUAGAGAUUUCCUCUUGUCAUGCAUUACUGUUUAUACUUUAAAUAUUUUAUCCUGUUAGAAUUUAUGGUAAUGCUAUCCAAGAUAAGUAACAUACUCUACUUUGUCAUUCAUUUCUGCAUUCAGGCUGGAAGUUUUUCUUUUCUUUUCCUUUCUGUAUCUUCCUUUUUUCUCUCUUUUCCUAAAACUUUGUUUGGCACUUACUGUUUUUGGAAAUUGUCCAUAAAGUCUUUUCAAGCUCUGUAUGCCUUUAUAGGAAAUCGUUUGUGAUAGAUACUGCGAACCAGCUCUUUAGAAGAUGCAAAUAAACUUUACACACGCAGGUCGAUAUCUAGCCUGAUGACCGACGUGUUCGAUGAGCAGACAGUGUUGUUCUCUUCGGGCUGGAUUUGUGUUGUUUUCAAUGCUUUAUCUUGCUCCUUGGCUUCACACGUCGGGAAGCCUACAGCAAAGAUUUCCUGUGAGUGUCAGAGUGCUUUGCCUUGUGUGUGAGCGGGAAAGCGUGAGCUGAUGCGACCAGCCAGUAAGCUGCUUGCCCAUAGGCACAAGUUGAACAAGCGAAUGCACGAACAUCGUGAACAUCUUCAAACAGGCCACUUAACGCAUUCAUAACAAAUCAUGACUAAUGGAGCCCAACAAGCCCCCAAAGCCCAGUUAUCACAGCGAGUCGCGUGCAGACACAAUCGUGUCAAACGCAUGAUUAGCCCUAGUGUGGGCAUGAUCAGAAGAAGAGCAGGGGGGAGAGGAGGAGGAAGGAGAGGUGACCCCUUCCACACUUUAGUUAAGCCAGUGGAAGGUGGCUGGGCAAAAACGAAACAAUGUGCAUUAGACUGGAUAUUUUUUGGACAUAACCUAAAUAGCAAGUGAGUGUAAUGUGAGGAGGUUGCCAUGCGAUGUGCAGGAGGAUCACCAAGCAACAGAAGUGUUCUUGUUUUUACAGUGUUUAACUCAACACUUUCUCGCUCUCUCACUCUCCUUCUUUCUCUUUUCUUUGUAUUCUCUCUCUCUCUCUCUCUUCAAGAACCUGAGGGAAAACACACAAGUAGGAAGAGAGGGAGAGUUAUAGAGAGAGGAAAUCAAACUUUUCGCCCCUCGAGUUUUACUUCAACCAACCAUGAUUAAUUUUUUUUGGAGGUAGAGAGUUAAUGCUUGUGAAGAGAAUUUCGUCAGUUCACACGGUGUGAAGUCAGUAAUUCUGACAGCAAGCCUCUCAUCUCUGAAAAGUCAGGACUAUAGUUCUGCCUGUAAACAAAUACAUCCCUCCUUUUUAACAGGUCAUUAUGGAAUGGCUCAUAGUACAGACAUUGUUUUGUUUUUUUUGUUUUUCAUAAACACUCUUUAAGAUUGUACCAGUUUAAAAAAAAAAUGUAUGGACUAACGAAUGAGAAAGUAUUGUUUCUGUUUUUGUUUCAUGUUUUUUUUGUAUCUGUUUGAGUUUCAUCUUUUUUUUUUAACGAGUCAUUGAAUUGUAUUUUUCUAUUCAUGUGUGACCAGUUUGACUGGGUCUUUGAGAAGGAAGCAAUCUUAGGUUAUUGCGCUUGUGUGAUUAUUUUUGUUCUCUCUAUCUGUGUGUCUGAUUCUCUGUGGUGUUACUGGCUGGACCCAGCCUGGGCCAUGCGCUGUGUUUGAACAGAAAGGACUAAAGCUAUUCUCCUCCUGACCCGCCUCCGGCCCUCUCAUGCCUUGCCUGUGUAUGUAUUUGAGGGUGGCAUCACAAUCAGUAUUCACCAUGGGAUUUUGGUUCUCCAUGGCUGUCCCUCAUUUUGACCCCUACCAGAAAGUUCAAAGGUUAUUUUUUCAAAACAAUUUUGUUUUAUUCAGGCAUUUGACUGCAUGUCAAUCAUUUCAUCUUAAGGCUCACAGUAAGCCACACCAGAUCUUUGCUGGAGAAAAAGGAGUUUAUAACUAAAAAUGCAGUCGAGUCCAGUAAGAGUCCCUGCGCUCCUGUCCCAUAGGAGGGGGGGGCUAGGGAGGAGGAGGAGCAGGGCUGAGCAGUCAGACAGGGGAGAGCAGAUCACCAGGGAGGAGUGAGAGUGAGGUCCGCUUUUGUUUGACUGUCGUUUGCAUGCCUACAAUGUAAAAUGCCCAUCGCCGCUCCGUCAGAGAAGAAAUGUGCAUCUCAUGACUUUGAUCCCUCAUGUCAGCACACAAAAAAAUAUGUAGGUUAGAACAGGGUGGGGGGGGGUACAUUCUGUAAAUGAAAUAUUGCACUAUAAUGUCCAUAGUGUAAUUGCGUCGCAUUGUUUGAUUUAUUUACCUUUAAGUGCUAGUCAGGUCAUGGAUCCAAGUGAAAACAGGGCUUGUACUGUCAUUUGUAAUGGCAGAUAAGGACAUGGGAAGGUCCUCGGUAAGGAUGGACCCUAAAUGAGAGGGGGGAUGUUUGUCAUGCAUCAUUUGUUGGAAGCAGGCACAUUUUCGUUGACAUAGGAAGAAUUGGUACAAAAUGGCUGCCAUUCACCAUCCCAGAUACGAGCACUAUUCAUACAGUAAGCAACCACUAGGAUGGAGAUAGUUUGUGUGUGUGCCAGAGAUGGAAAACCCUGAUCCUUGGACAUUAUGUGGUGAUUGAGAUGUGUUUGUUUUAAACAUGCUUUUAGUCGUCCCAUCACUCCACACUGGCUAGACAAGGCGUUUAUUUUCAGAGAUGGUUCUUUUGUAUUUUUAUGUGGCAAAGAAAAGUGAUUCUCUCUUUUUUUGUGUGAAGCAGGGAUGCAAACACCUGGAGUAAAACUGAUCUGAACUGUAAAUCCAAUAAAAAAAAUGUAUCAGUCUUUUUCUGUGUGAUGAAGGUACAGAACUCUUUUAUUUAUUCAAACUUGUUUUUUUUGUUAAGUUUUUUUUUUAUUUGUCCUUUCUUCAGUCAGCAUCCUCUGCAGGUUCAUGUUAUUGUUUAUAUACACGUUGCCGUUUAGAGUGCGAAUAAAGUGCAAUUUUAAUGUAAUCUGGGAAGAGGUCAUUUCUGGGACUCCAGUCCUUUUUAUCUUCAUGUCAAUGCUCCACAGAGAUCAAUCAUACUAAUAAAAUGGAAUACUGUAAAGGUU